AUGGGGAGGAGACAAACCCCAAACAGCGAGCCCAAACCAGCCCAGCUCCAACGCGGACGAAGCAGAUCCAUCUCGAAGCCACCCCUCAGAGUGANGGGGACCGUCGCCCUCCGGGAGAUCCGGAAGUACCAGAAGAGCACCGAGCUCCUGAUCCGGAAGCUCCCCUUCCAGCGCCUGGUCCGCGAGAUCGCGCAGGACUUCAAGACCGACCUCAGGUUCCAGAGCUCCGCCGUCGCCGCCCUCCAGGAGGCCGCCGAGGCGUACCUCGUCGGGCUCUUCGAGGACACGAACCUGUGCGCGAUCCACGCGAAGAGGGUCACCAUCAUGCCCAAGGACAUCCAGCUCGCGAGGAGGAUCAGAGGCGAGAGGGCUUAAGAAGGGGAUCUUCGCUGUUUUGUGUCUUGUUUUAUGAUGGCUAGAUGUGAAAUAUAUUGUAUCAGUGGAAUAUUAUGGGAAUGAAAUUUUAGCUCUUCGUUUGGUUAUUCUUCUUCUUUUUUUUAAUAAAUUAGAUAUCUACUUUUUUAAGUGAUUACUAA